AUGGGUGCAUUACGCAUCAUCACCAUCCUCAUUGUUUCUCUACUCGCCGCCGGCUCCGUCGUCACCGCUCACAACAUCACCGCUAUCUUGUCGCAGUUUCCAGAGUACAGCGAGUUCAACAACUACCUCUCACAGACAAAGCUCGACGAUGAGAUCAACAGCCGUGAAACAAUCACCGUUCUCGUGUUGAACAAUGGCGCCGUGUCGUCACUCGCCGCGAAACAUCCACUCUCCGUCGUCAAGGGCGUUUUGAGCCUUCAUAUCCUUUUGGACUACUACGACAAUAAGAAGCUUCACGCCAUCUCCGAUGGCACCACACUCUCCACUACUUUGUACCAAACUACCGGAAAUUCCCCAGGGAAUGUCGGAUUUGUUAAUAUAACAGAUUUGAAAGGCGGUAAGGUCGGAUUUGGUUCGGGGGUUCCCGGCUCGAAGCUUGAUUCGUCCUACACCAAAUCUGUCAAACAGAUUCCGUAUAACAUUUCGGUUUUGGAGAUUGACGCCCCUAUAAUCGCUCCGGGGAUUUUAACGGCCCCUGCUCCAUCAGCAGAUGUAAAUAUUACUGGUUUAUUAGAGAAGGCAGGUUGUAAGACGUUUGUGAAGUUGAUUACUGACACCGGAGUGUUGAAGGUUUUCCAGACGGCGGCGGCGAAAGGAUUGACGGUGUUUGCUCCGUCGGACGAAGCGUUUAAGGCGGCUGGUGUGCCGGAUCUGAGCAAGUUAUCAAAUGCUGAGCUUGUUGCAUUGUUACAGUACCACGCUCUCGCGACUUACACUCCAAAAGGAUCUCUGAAGACGGCGAAGGAUCCUAUUAGCACACUCGCGACGAACGGCGCCGGAAAGUACGAUCUGACUGUUGAGACCGCUGGCGAUUCGGUCACACUAGAUUCUGGAGUCGGCACUUCGCGUGUUGCUAGCACGGUUCUAGAUUCGACGCCGCUCUGCAUUUUCACCGUCGACAAUGUACUUCUCCCAACCGAAUUAUUCGGCAAAUCUCCAUCUCCAUCACCGUCUCUAUCACCGGAAACUUCCCCUUCGUCCUCGCCUGCACCUGCUGCUCUAUCUCCGGAACCUGCAGCAGCACCUUCACCAUUCCUUUCACCUCCUGCACCUCCGACGUCAUCCCCCACCGCUGGUCCUGCUCCGUCUGACGGCCCCACUGCCGAUUCCCAAAAUAGUAACGCCAGCAAUGCCGUUGACGGCGUCAAAGCUCCGUCACUCAUCCAGGCUCUGGUUACGGCGUCAGUUUCGGUUAUAAUAUCAUCCGUUAUGUCCUAAAUCGUCAUUUCACUUGUUUGCGCUUUUUGUUUAAUUUAUGAUUUAAUUUUUGUUUUAUGUCUAGAUUAUGGUGAUGAUUAUUAUUAGGGCUUGUUCGGUUAAUUAGAUGCGCAUUUUAGCAGCAGGUGGCGUUAUAACCUUGAUAACUGCGCGUGUGACUUUGAGUGAUUUGAGAGUGAUACUGAUUACCGAGGAACGGUUUCAUUGAUUCAAACUUAUUUUUGUACUUUUUUAUGUUCUUUUCUUUUCAAGUGUUACAGUUUAUGCAUAUCUUUAUAAGUUUUGGAUUUAA